UAGAAAUGAAAUUAACAAACAAAUUUUAACGAAAAAUAAAAAAUAAUUAAUUUUCAAUAAUAAAUGAAUAACAUUACUAAAAUUUCGUGAUAAAUAAUAAUAGAUAUAAGAAUGGGGAAACCAAAAGUACAGAAUUCAAAUACAGAUUUAAAUAUUGAAUCAAAUGUCUCAUCACAAAAAAGGCAUAAAAAGCAUAAACACAAAAAACACAAGAAGAAAAAAAUACUUCAUGCAUCGGAAGCAUCAAUAAUUGCAACAACCAUUUCAAAUAAUGAAAUCAUAGAGAAGAAAAAAAUAGUUAAUAAAUCUCGAUCUAAGAAAGAUGAAGAUAAAGGAGUGGAAAAACCUCGUGACAAAACACCUAAAAGCUCUCAUGCAGCAACUGGAACGAAUACAUCAACAUCUCCAAAAGUGGCAUCGAAGAAGAAGGUUUCAAAAAGUGGAAAUCGAAAAGAUAGUGGAACUAGUAGUGAAGAAGAACGUUGGCUGGACGCAAUAGAAUCAGGAAAACUUGAAGAAGUAGAUGAUGAACUCAAAAAAAUAAAACCUAAAGAUCCAAAGUUGAUGACAGCUCGACAGAGAGCAAUGUUUGAACGUAAAACUGAUACGGAACCGAAUCCUGGAGUAGAGCAAUUGGUAUCGUUGCCAACAGGAUACAAAGAAAAAGUAAUGACAGCGGAAGCAAUACAAAAAGCUGCUUUGAAAUCAUUGAAACGGAAACAACUUGCUGAUGAAAAAAGAGAGAAAGAUAAGAAAAAAACGAUGGAAAGAUUAUUAAAAAAGCAAGAAUCCAAGAUGUCUAAACUAGCAGGAAAAGGCAAACCAUCAAAACGACAGGUUCCAUUAAUGACAUAUACAUUAACAGUCGAUGGAAGUUCAAUAUCUCUUCCACCAGGCAUGGAUUUUCCACUUUCUGCAUCCAAAGCCAAGGAAACACCAGGAAUUAAAUUCUGUGGCGUUCAAAAUUGUCCGAAUCCAAAAAAAUAUGCUUGUUCAAGGACGGGCAUUCCUCUAUGUAGUCUAGAGUGUUAUAAAGCUAAUUUAGCUGCAAUUUUAGCUUAAUUUAUUCUAACAUAGGAUUAAAUAAAUUAAAUUUUAUUAUAAUAGUCCUUGUAUUUUUUUAAUUCUUAUUGUUAUUUAUAAUUAUUCAUGUUUCUUUAGAGUUUAUUACAAUCUAUUACUAUUAUUACAUCAGCAUUGAUAACAACCAUUUGUAGAUGAACAUCAAUUUUAAGACUUGCUUGACCUAAUUUUUAUUUGAUGCCAUCCGUAACCGCUAAUGAAAAAUAGUAACCUUGCAGAAUAUUAUAAACCGUAACAUUUAGUAACUUGUUUCUUACUGUAAAUAUAUCAUUUUUUAAUAGCAUGGUCAACAUUCAGUAAAUUAAAUUAGGUAGUAGAGAGUAAUACUUGAACUUUGCAAAAACGUAUCCAAAAAUUAUGGAAAGUUUAGGAUUUUUAAAACUCAAACGAUUGAAAUUAUUUAAAUAAAACAUCUAUUGAAGUACAA